AAGACGACGGUUCCACUUGUAGAUGACAAUUUUGGUGCCAUGCACAUUCUCUUGAACGUCAUCCAUGGCUGGACAAGAAGAGUCCCAAGACAGUUGGACAUACAGAUCCUUACGCAGGUCGCUAGCCUGAUAGACAAAUACGAGCUGCAUGAAACCACUGAGAUAUUUACGGACAUGUGGUUUGAAGCCGUUCGACCAGCGCUGCUACAAGACCAUCAUCAAAAUUUGGCAUCGCGGGUUUUCAUUUGCUGGAUACUACAGAAACCUUCGGAAUUCAACAUUCUUACAAGAAAAGCCAUCCUGGAAACCGAUUGCGGACUUGAAAACGACGGAGCGCCGAUUCCUUACUGGAUCACUAGUGAUAUACAAUCUCGUCGAGAGGACAUAUUUAUGAAAGUAUUCAGUAUGCUCUCAGACAUGCUUGACCGUUAUGAUGGUUCCGAGCAAUUAUGUUGCCAUGACAGGAACUGUGAUCCACUCGCUCUCGGAAAGCUUAUGAGGGGGUUGAAACGGAACCGCCUCUACCCAAUUCCGGAACCUUCUACCAUGGAAAUGUCGAUUGAAAAGCUCCUCUCCACUGUUCGUUCAAUAGACCUCUCGUCAUACUGCGGGAAUCACAGCAGGAAAGCUGGACGCAGAUUCCACACGUGGGACGAAGGCCAGAUUGAAGGCAGUCCACAUAUGGACGAAGAGAUCAAGAACUCGCUUUCCAGAAUCCAGGGUCAGAUUCAUGGAUUAGAACUACACGAC